AUGAAUAUAGUUUCUUUAAACAUCUGUGGUCUUGGUGAAAAUCGUAAGAAGGAUUGGGUGCAAUCGCUUCGUCGUCUUCAUAAAGCCUCUUUUUUUAGUCUACAGGAAACCCAUCUAGACGGGUCUCAUAAUCGUGAGAUGAUUAGAGAAUGUUGGGGUGAUUAUAAUUUUGAAUUUGUGUAUGAAAAUGCAUUUGGGAGAUCUGGUGGGCUGGUAUCUAUUUGGGACAAGAAUUACUUCACUUCUUUUGAGGUAAUUAAAUCUCGUUCCUUUUUUAUUGUUAUUGGUAUCUAUUCAGCCUUCUCUUGCCCGGUGGCGUUUGUGAAUGUCUAUGGUCCCCAAUCCACUUUUGAGAAACGCAAGCUAUGGGAGGAGUUGCUUCUCAUCAAAAAUUCUCGCAUAGCAUGCUGGAUAGUCUUUGGUGAUUUUAAUGUGGUGAGAAGACAGGAGGAGCGUAUUAAUUCCAUGUUUUGUCAAUCUAGUGCUAAUUAUUUCAACAAAUUCAUUGAAUUAUCGGGAUUUCAUGAGCCAAAAAUGGGGGGUUUUCGAUUUACUUAUUUUCAAAAGUCGAGAGCGAAACAUACCAAACUAGAUCGCUUUCUUGUUUGUUCAGAGUUCUCCAAGUUCCCUCAUAUAUCAGUCACGGCACUUCCAAGAGAUAAAUCCGAUCACUGUCCCAUUCUACUUUCUCAAUCCAGAGCAAAAUUCGGUCCCCUGCCAUUCAAUCUAUUCAAUUCAUGGCUGACCGGACAAGGGUUCGAUGAAGUGGUUAGUAAGGCCUGUCGUGAAUUCAGCAUUUUUGAUCCCGCUGACGCGAAGCUAUUGAUUAAAUUGAAAGCAAUCAAAAAGGCAAUUCGUGAAUGGUGA